GCUGAAGACUAUUGAUACACCUUUGUGAGAUCCCUAAAGUCAACAAUUGUCUUUUUACAAUGAAAACAAGUCAAGUUGACAGAGCCUGCUAUGCUUUGGAUAGCAGUUUUUAAUAAGAAUAAGAUAUCGACAUAUGUUUGCGGUGGCCUUUGAUUAUAAAUUUUAUUUUUAAAAAGAAAAUGUUGGCUCAGAGAAGAUGUAAUUUUAUUAAUAUUAUUAAGUGUUUAAUUGAGUUUUAAUAGAUAUGCAAUAUUUUAAAAAGAGAACAAUAUAGAUUUACUUGUUUUAUAUUUAUUAUGCUUAAUUUGCUUGAAUAAAAGAGAUGAUAGUUAUAAACACAUACUAUUGUCACAUGUAAUCAUUGGAUUACAAAUUUUAAAAUAAGCAAAAUAUGGUUUGAAUCAACAGAUCAUCAUGACUGUGGAUUUCGUUGAUUAUUUUUGGGGAGAAAAAAAUAAUGGAUUUGAUGUUCUGUAUCAUAAUAUGAAGCAUGGUGUUGUCGCAAGUAAGGAGUUAGCUGACUUUUUUCGGGAACGUUCGGCUAUUGAAGACAACAAUUAUAAACUUUUUAGUAAAUUAGCAAAACAAGUUAGCAGUAGCAAUUCUGUUCAAGGGACAUUUACGCCUGUAUGGGUGUCUUUAAAGGCUGUUCUUGAAAAAUUGGCAGGUUUACAUUUGCAAAUGGCACAAAAAGUCAGUGAGCUCAUUAAAGAUGUAUCUAAAUAUUCAGAUGAACUUCAUAAAAAGCAUAAAACGGUAAAAGAAGAAGAGGCAUCAACUAUUGAAAUUGUUCAGAGCAUACAGAAUGUUACUGUCACAUUACAAAAAGCUAGAGACAUUUGUUUUCAACGUGGCUUUGAGUUAGAAAAGUUAAGAAAAGAUAAUGCAAGUCAACGUGAGCUUGAGAAAGCUGAAGUAAAAUUUAAGAAAGCGCAAGAUGAUUAUAAAACUUUUGUUGAAAAAUAUAGCAUUAUUCGAAACGACUUUGAAAGCAAAAUAAGUCAAGCUUGUAGGCGAUUUCAAGUAAUAGAAGAAAUGCAUUUAAAGCAAAUGAAGGAAUUUUUAGCAAUAUAUAUGGACGUUCUUCAAACAAACCACGAAGAAGUAGGUCAAGUACACGCAGAUUUUAAAAAUCACUGCCUCGAUUUAACAGUCGAAGAAUUAUUGCAGCAGUUUGUUCAAAGUAAAUGUACCGGUUUUGAAAAACCAGGAUUAAUAGAAUAUGAAGAAGUAAUGACAAGUUUAGCAGAGAUUAUGAGUCAAUCUUCCGAAGAUGUAAAAAAUUCGGAGCCACUGAAAGAAGUAUCUAAAGGCACUAAUGCUGAAACUGGAGUUGCUGGUUUUCUUCGAAGUCGACGUGAAAAACGGAAGGAAAAGAAAGCGAAAAAGAAAAAAGAAUCUAUUGAUGUAACUAGUAACAAGGAUGAGAAAUCUGAUCUAGACGAUAAAGAGGAAGGAAGAAAAUCUGAAACACCUACACCUGAAGUAGAUGAGGAUGGAUUUUGUAUCAAACCUAAAGCUGAUUCAUGGGACAGUGAAAGAUGCUUUUAUUCAAGUUCUGAUUCAGACUCAGAUGAUGAGAGAGAUAAGAAAAUUCAUGUGGAAAUAAAACCUUUAAGUAAUGGAAACACUCCUAUUAGCGCUAGUGUUGAUGAACUUAGAGCAACAGUUGAAAGUCUCUCAUUAAUGUCAACUAACACAGUUCGCAGAGAUUUGCAUUCUGAUUCAGAUUAUCAUAUGAAAAGGUCACAAUCCGUCUUACAACAGUUAUCAGGAACUCCGAGUUCAGACCUGCUUGGUUUAAAUUUAUCCAAUUUAUCUGGCAUACCAUCUAGUGCUUCAACUCCAAUUGCCAGUCACCCUUAUGCACCUCUUCAAAGUCCUCCACUUCUAACGUCACCGUUAGUACCACAACUUGAUUCCCAAGCAAUUACAUCAAAAUUUCAAGAUGGUGACUUAUUUUCGGAAGUUGGUAAUAUAGCUGUUGAUUUACCUCAAAAACAAUCUUCUUCUUCUUCCUCUUCUACACCAACUGGAACUAUUAAUAUUCCUAGACCCCCUUCGCGUAGAGGUGAAUGUCAGUCUAAUAGAGGAAGAAUAUCCCCAGCAACGAUUUCAAGAGCAGAUAGUAUAGCAAGUUUAGAAUUUCGAGCAUCAGGAGUUGGAAUGGGCACAUCAAGAGGUCCAUCUCCACUAACAAUUGGCCUUGCUGACACAAUUCCAUUGGCAGUAGCGUUUCAUGAAAUAGUACACUCUUAUUUUAAAGGUCCAAAUGAAACUCUUUGCCAAGUACGAUUAAGUGGAGACAUGAUGUUAUCGUUUCCUGCUGGAAUUUUAACUGUACUAACCAAUAAUCCAAGUCCUGCAAAGCUGAUAUUUCGUAUAAAAAACAGUGACAGAUUGGAAAAAGUUUUACCUAAUUCUCAACUUAUCAAUAAGGAUGUUACACAAGCAAGUGUUGAAAGUAUGUUAUUUGAAUUCAACAUGAGUGCCUUAACUACGUUAUUAAGAAAGCAAGCAGAACAAAAUCCAACAGCAUCAUAUUUUAAUGUGGACAUUUUAAAAUAUCAAGUGAAAGCUAGAGAAGGAGCUACAUCCUGCCCAUUUCAUGUAGUUUCUUAUUGGAAAUGUGAACCUAAUCAUACAGAUCUUAAGAUUGACUACAAAUAUAACAGUCGAGCGAUGGCAUCACCUAGCCCUUUACUAAAUCUGCAAGUCGCAAUUCCAAUUGAAGGGGGUUUUAAAAGUUACCAAAGUAAGCCUAACGCUCAAUGGGUGUCAGGAACAAAUCGUCUACUAUGGAAGUUUACAGAAUUAUCUCAAUACAGUGAAGGAAAUGGUGUUGGAUCAUUGAAGGCGCGAGUGGAUUUGGAAAAUGGGCCGGGAUCUCAAGGGACAAUACAUAUACAAUUUAAUUGCGAGGGCACUACCUUAUCAGGUGUAGAUUUCGAACUUGUGGGGCCUGGGUAUAGACUCAGUUUGGUAAAACGCAGAUUUGUUUCAGGCAAAUAUAUAUGUGAUGGAGAUAUUGAUCCACGUGCACGCAUUUCAGAAGCAUCUCUUCGUCAUGACUAAAUACUCAAUUGGAGUUCUAUUAAACAAAUACUUCGUCAAUGAUGCAGAAAAAAAAUUGUGACGCCAGGAAGUUUAAAAAACCAAAGAGACUUAUUUAAUACAAAUUAGAAUCGUUUAAAACAUUAUGUCUAAUGACAUAAAAUAAUUAAAGAUUCACAUCCAGAAGCCUUAAGUCAAUACAAUUUGAAAUUCAAAUAUAUAAUAUAUAGUUGUCUGAUGAAAAUAACAAUGUGACAAUGUGUUUGUAGUUUCAAGGAAAAUAUAAGAGAAUACGAAAAUUGUUAUUAAGUGCCUGUAAUUUUAUUGAAAGAAAAUACAAAUUUUCAUUUAAUUA